AUGGUCUUCAAACCUUUCAAAUCGCCUUUAAUCCGCAAGCCCGUUCCAUCUUCUCCUGCGACGACCACCAAACCCGCUCCCGAUGCUCCCGCUACAGCUCCUGCCCCCACAGCCGACGCCUCGGAAACCACAGACCCCACGGGGGAGCCACCGACGAAAAAACCGCGCCUCCAUCUGGAUCACACGAAUGAUACAUCAGAGGCGAAAAGGGAGGGACAAGAAGGUGCGUGGGUCGGUGCCGGGACGGGUAGUGAAGACGGAAAGGCGACGAUGGGGCAGGUCCGAGAGAGGUAUUUUACUGUUUUGUGGCGCAAACUAACGACCAAGAAAAACAAAACCUGGGAUGGCGAUGGGAUCAUCAAGGUCCGAGAUGGGUAUGCAUAUAUGUUUGAUCAUGCCUCCGGGAAGGACAUGGGGCGCGGGAUGGUAUCGCAGACCCGGUCGUUGGAGGCGGGCGUGAUGUUAUCGGUUGCGGGGAAGGAGGUCGAGAUUGAUUGUGAGGUCUCUAGGGGAGAGUAUCUGACUGGAAGGGGUCUGUCAGGUACUGAGGAGGGGAAAUCGGUCGUGAAGACUAAUGCUGCUGUUACGAAUACUCCGGCAACAGCAGCGGUUGGGAAGGCUUCUGUGUCGGUUCGGAGCGCAGGCAUCAACACUAAGCGGGAGAUGGGCAAGGAGGAUGAGUCUUCCAAACUGAGUCCCAUCCGGAUUGCGAACCCGGCGUCUAGGAAGGGUGGCAUUUCUGGAGUGUAUAAGAGACCACUGCUGGAUUCUACAAUGAUACCACAGACUUCCGCCUCGACAGAGAUGCCAGUUCCCCGGCAUGACCCGACGCAGACGGGUGCGUUGGUCAUGAAACGCCCGGAUUCUGUGCCCAACGGCAAGAGAGUCGUUGAUGUGGUCGUCGAUCCGAUCUUGGCGAAACAUCUCCGGCCGCAUCAACGCGAGGGAGUUCAGUUCCUUUACGAGUGUGUCAUGGGGAUGCGUUCGUUCAAUGGCGAAGGCGCGAUUCUGGCGGACGACAUGGGCCUAGGCAAAACGCUGCAGACCAUCACCCUCUUGUGGACGCUGCUGAAGCAGAAUCCCGUCUAUGGGAAUUCCCCAGUCGUGAAGAAGGCGCUCAUCGUCUGUCCGGUGACGCUGAUCAGUAACUGGCGCAAGGAGUUUCGCAAGUGGCUCGGCAAUGAACGCAUCGGGGUCUUCGUUUUCGACGAUAAGCGCAAGCGACUGACAGAUUUCACCAAGGGCAAGGCGUACAGUGUCAUGAUAGUGGGUUACGAGAAAUUGAGGACGGUACAGGAGGGACUGGCCAGAGGCAGUGGCGUCGAUAUCAUCAUUGCGGAUGAAGGACAUCGCUUGAAGACCCUCCAGAAUAAGAGUGGACAGGCCAUUCAGUCCUUGAAUGCCACAAAGCGAGUCAUCCUAUCUGGAACCCCGAUCCAGAACGAUCUCAAGGAAUUCUUCGCCGCCGUUGACCUCGUCAACCCGGGCGUCUUGGGUACUUUCAAAGCCUUCAUCAAGGAGUUUGAAAUUCCCAUUGUCAAGAGCAGACAACCCGAAGCCACUGAGGAGGACAUCGAGAAGGGCGAAGCCCGCAAUGAGGAGCUUCGCGAGCUCACCUCCAAGUUCAUGCUGCGCCGCACGGCCGAAAUUCUGGCCAAAUACCUCCCGCCUAAGUCCGAGUACGUCCUCUUUUGCAAUCCGACGCGCACGCAAGCCAGCAUCUACCAGAACGUGCUGGCGUCGCCCAUCUUCCAGAGCGUGAUCGGCAAUUCCGAGAGCGCGCUGCAGCUCAUCACCAUCCUCAAGAAGCUCUGCAACAGCCCGUCACUCCUCUCGCCUAGGGCUAACGAAGACAAGGAGAGCUCCCCUAAUUCGACCAUCGCCGCGCUGCUCUCCUCCCUCCCUCCCAAUCUCCUCCGACACUUCUCCCCGUCAUCGAGCGCCAAGAUCCGCGUUCUCGACCAGCUCCUCCACCAUCUCCGCACCUCGUCCCGCGCAGAAAAGAUCGUCCUUGUCUCGAACUAUACCUCAACCCUCAACCUUCUCGCCACCCUCCUAUCGUCCCUCUCACUACCCUUCCUCCGCCUCGACGGCUCCACCCCAGCCCAGAAACGUCACUCCCUCGUCGAGGAUUUCAACCGUCUUCCCUCGGACCUCUGCUUCGCGUUUCUCCUGUCCGCCAAAGCCGGUGGCACGGGGCUGAACCUCAUCGGCGCCAGCCGCCUGGUGCUCUUCGACGUCGACUGGAACCCGGCCACCGACAUCCAAGCAAUGGCGCGCAUCCACCGUGACGGACAGAAGCGGCCGUGUCGGAUCUACCGUAUCUUGUUGAAGGGGAGUCUCGAGGAAAAGAUCUGGCAACGGCAGGUGACGAAGUUGGGUCUGGCGGACAGCGUGAUGACGACGACGGCGUCGAAUAGUGCCGGUGCUGCCUCAUCGUCAUCAAUGGCACAGUUUUCGCGUGACGAGCUCCGGGAUUUAUUCCGACUAGAUGAGGAGAGUCGAUGUCAGACGCAUAUGUUGUUAGGAUGUGAAUGCGGAGGUACUGGUCAACAGCAACAAGAACAAGCGUCUCCUGAGGCGGCGGAUAAUGAUGAGGUGGGAGUAGAAGUGGAGGAGGGGGAUACCGUCCCGCCGUCUGACGAGGAAGCAGAAGAAGACGCAGAUGCAGAGGAAUUCCCCGACAUUCCUACCCUCAUCAAGGCCUCGCAGCUCGACAUGGAGAAACAGGAGCAGAUAAUUAGUACCUCAAACACGCGCAGGACUUCCUCCCGCCGGUCUUUCCGCCGUCAAGCCCCAAAACCUACCUCCCAGAAACAGAGGAUGAAGCAGUCCCUCGCGCAGUACCGCCACAUCGACCCCUACCACCUCACCGCCCCGGCCGACGACGACGAGGCGAAAUCCCUGGACGUCGUGGCGAUGGAAUCUGUCAUUGACGAUGAUGUCCUUGUUGCAAUGUUGCGUGAUGAGGGGAAUCGAGUGGGGUAUAUCUUUAAGAAGUCGAGC